CAGAAAGAAAUAAAACGUUGUAGUAGCGGGCGGCCUGGAUCCUUUCUCUCUCCCCCCCAGGCUCACACCACACCGCCUCAACAACAAACAAUUCCCUUCUCUUUCAAGUUAUUGAUACUUGCAGGAGGGUUAUUCCAUGAAGUUUCACCAACUCAAGUAUUUACAUCUAAAGUAAAAACUUGUAUGCGUGUCUUUGAUGGGCUGCUUCUACUCAAAAACCCCCAAACACACCCCUGGAUAUGAGGAGCCUAGUGUGCUUGCUGCUGAGACACCUUUCACAGUAAGUGAAGUAGAGGCAUUAUAUGAGCUAUUUAAAAAAAUAAGUGCCUCCGUAAACAAUGAUGGGCUCAUUCAUAAGGAAGAGUUUCAGCUUGCACUGUUCCAGAACAAAGAUAGGAGGAAUCUAUUUGCAGACAGGAUAUUCGAUCUCUUUGAUAUAAAACGCAAUGGAGUGAUUGAAUUUGGAGAAUUUGUCCGAUCUUUGAGUGUAUUCCACCCAAAUGCGCCAACAGCAGCGAAAAUCACAUUUGCUUUCAGGAUAUAUGAUUUAAGGCACACUGGUUUUAUCGAGAGAGACGAAUUGAAAGAGAUGGUUUUGGCACUAUUAAAUGAAUCAGAACUGGAUCUGUCAGAUGAUGUUGUUGAAACAAUUGUAGAUAAGUCAUUCAAAGAUGCAGAUGUCAACGGUGAUGGAAGAAUUGAUCCAGAAGAGUGGAAGGAAUUUGUAAUGAAGAAUCCCUCUCUUAUAAAGAACAUGACUCUUCCAUAUCUGACGGACAUAACUCUAGCAUUUCCCAGCUUUGUGGUAAGAUCUGAGGUUGAAGAUUCAGAAAUGUAGGCUACACCAAAAAAAAGGUGAGAAAUUAUCUUCAAGGGAGUUUUAGUCCUCUAAAUACAUAUGAUUUUGCGAGAUGUGCACACUUGGAGUUGGAGUUGGAGUUGGAAGCUGCCUACUUUGUUUGGGCGAGGAGGGAAAUUCGCAGCUACUAUACAAAGACGGGAAUUCAAACUCGUGAUUUUGUAAUUACAAAACAAAGACGGAAAUUCAAACUCGUGAUUUUGUAGUUACAAAUUUGUAUCUUUUAACUUUUUUUGGCUUGUGCAGAAAGAAGUAGAAGUAGAAGUAGAUUAGCAUCUAUAUAAAAAGUAGUGAACUCGACCUGCUUUGUGUUUUCUCUUAUAUGCUAAAUGUUGACAACACUAUGGACUUGUAUUAUACUUCUUUUGUCCCAUUUUCCCA